UGUACGAAGUGGGUGUUGUGGCGCGUCAGCUGGUGCCUGAGUCAGGUGACUGUGGGAGGAGUCACCUUUAUCUCUAAUGACUGACUCACCAGCAUGUCUGUAUGCUGCGGCACCUGUUGUGAGCUCCAGCAGAUGCCCCUAGCGCCUCCCAGCACCAGGUCAUACCCCGGGGCACCAUGGCAGCCACGUCCCACCAGCCAUCAUACCCUUGGGCUAAGCUCUGCCUCCUUAUGCUGAUAGCUGUAACACCUGUGUUCGCUCAGACACCUGCACCCCCUGCUGGACCUGUGGGCUUCCUAGCGCCAGUACCUGUGGCAGGUGUGGUGACCAGGUUCUUACGAGUGCCAGUACCUGUAGACCCAGCGACACCUGUGGACCCAUCGACACCUGUGGACCCAUCGACACUUGUGGACCUAUCAACACCUGUGGACCUAUCAACACCUGUGGACCUAUCAACACCUGUGGACCCAGCAACACCUGUGGACCCAUCGACACCUGUGGACCCAUCGACACCUGUGGACCCAUCGACACCUGUGGACCCAUCGACACCUGUGAACCCAUUAACGCUUUCUUACUCUGUUUUGCCUGUGUUCCCACAAACACCAACACCUGUAUCAGAUGCAGCACCUGUGGGCCCUGUACACUUCUCAUAUCUACUCCCACACAGCAACGCCACAUCCACCUGUAGAUUUGAAUCGCACGAUUUGACGUUUGUGGAUUAUGAGACUAAGAAUUUCAGUCUCUUUGUGACUGGUGACGUUGAGGAGGAAGUGUCACUCAUGUUUGGUUUUCACGGCGAUGAUAUUCUUGAACAAAUACCAAACGUCACCCUCGUGCCGGGGGACGUAGAAAAAACGUUUAACAUUGUUCUUGUGGCCAGGCGUGUGGGGCACACUGUUCUGGUGGUGAAUGCCAGCCCAGAGAAUAUGACGGACGUGUCUGAUGCAUUUGUUCGAGUGUCGGUCUCCCACUCCGACGACCUGGACUACUUUAGUGACGUUGUCGGGUGGGUGUACUUCACAGCCUGGUCUGUGUCGUUCUAUCCGCAGACGUACAUCAAUUGGAGAAGGAAAAGUGUGAUUGGCCUUCACUUUGAUUUCCUGUCGUUGAAUAUCGUGGGUUUCUUCCUGUACAGUCUAUUCAAUGUGUGUUUAUAUUGGGCCCCAUCCAUAAAGCAGCAGUACUUCCUCAGACAUCCUUUUGGAGUUAAUCCGGUCCAACUGAACGAUGUCAUCUUUUCACUCCAUGCGUUUUUUGCAUGCAGCAUCCAGGUGGUUCAGUGCUGUGUGUACGAACGUGGAGACCAACAGAUCUCAAGAACUGCCAAGACUAUACUCUCAGGCAUUGUGUUGUCAACUCUCGUCAUGGUCAUCUUGGGGUCCGCAGUGGUGAUCCAGUGGUUGGAUUUCCUCUACUUUGUGUCCUACGUCAAGCUGUUCAUCACACUCAUCAAAUAUAUACCACAGGCAUACUAUAACUACAGAAGAAAGAGCACCUCUGGCUGGAGCAUCGGCAACAUCCUGUUAGACUUCACUGGAGGCACACUCUCAGUUGCUCAGAUGUUUAUCAUUGCUUACAACUACAAUGAUUGGGGGUCGAUAUUUGGAGAUCCCACCAAAUUUGGACUUGGUCUUUUCUCAGUCAUAUUUGACAUUUUUUUUAUGAUUCAGCAUUACGUGCUGUAUCGUGGCACUGAAGGUUAUCAGCCCAAUCUGAAUUCCCCACAACCCACUCACAGCAGCUCUCUUACUGAAUCAGUGUCUUCUGUUGACUACGGAGCAGUUGGCAGUAUUCAUUAAGAUUUGUCAUUGCUUGUAAAAUUUCUGGCAUUACAAGGGGAAAAAGUAUCCAGUCAUUACAUGAACCAAAGAUUUUUAGAAUCAUAUAUUCCAUUAGGCAAGUAAGGGUUACAGUAAAUGAGAAAAAGACUGAACACAAGAUAAAAGUAGAGUUUGCAAUAUAUAAUGCUCAUGGAGUUUCGGUGGACAAUUUAAAUGAUAUGUUUCAAGAUUAGAGUAUACUAACCCAGCAGGUAAUAUAUGCUCGAGUAACAUUAAAUCAGCAUCAUCAACAAUCAUUGAUUCAGCGUUGCAUCAAUGUCGUUUGCCCAGAUUUGCCUUGGGGAAAGGGGGGGUUAAGAAGGGUUGGUUAUUCAGUACUCUAAUAUAAUUAUGUUAAAAUUUUAUAGCAAUUUUUCCCAUUAUUGUACUUUCAUAAGUUAAUUUUAUAUGGGUAUUACAUUUUUCCUAAAUGUAAAUUCCUUGCAUGAAAAACAAAAUUGUGAACAAUUUUUGGGGGUUCCGAGCUCAGCAUUUGAAGUCAGUGGAAUGUGGCUUCUUAAUACAGUACUGUACAUUUUCUACAGAAGUUUUGCCAGGAUUAAUUUUCAUAUUCUAAUGCAUUGUUUUGAUGAAAACUUAGCAAAUUAUAUCAAAAUAAACAAAGUGGAUUAAUACACAAAAAAAAUCUUGGUCUACAUAAUGACGAGUAUUAUGUAAUUUUGCUGAUGUACUGUACCUCUUUCAGAAGUGCAAGAUUGUGGUUCAAAAUGUUAAAACUUUUAAUUUUGGCUACCUGCUGGGAUUUUGAGGAUUUGUAGUGUCGUCCUUAUACAAAUAUUUAUGCAAGCAUAAUUAUAUGAACUUUGUAUUUUAUGUUAUUUAAUUGUAUAACAUUGCAUUUUGCUCAGUAAGAAUGGAGAUUAGCAAAAUAAUUUUAGGGUUAAUUUAUAAGUAGUUUCGCUAAUGUAAUACAGUGGAUUUCUGCUUGAAUAGGAUGAUUAGUUCCUAUAUUCUAUAUGCAUCCAAUAUUUCACUGGUUUAUACUUUUUUAAUGUUUACAUUUAUCUGUACAGGUACAGCAAAUCCUGUCUAGCAGGAAUUUCUUGGCUUUUCCAGGGCCAGGAAUCAUCUUGCACUUAUGUGUCUGCUAACAAAACUUAUACAAUGCAUCUUUCCUCAACAAAGGUGGCUUUGUCUGUAUUUAUUAAAUAGUUUACAAGAUUUUAAACUUCACAAUCUAACGUUAUUAUUGCUAUAAACAACCUCGUAGCACUUUGGCAUUCAUAAACUGUAACAAUUACAAACUGAGCAGCCAUGAUUAAGGAAGGGGAAAGGAAGUAUCAGGAGAAGGUACCAAGCCAUUAUGACCAUAUAUCACUUGAAAGGGAUCAGCAUAAGGAUUUGGGACGCAACAGGUGGAAGGGAUGGUGCCCAACCACUUGGAGGAUCAGGGAUUGAACGCCGACCUGCAUUAAGCGAGACUGUCGUUCUACCAUCCAACCCAAGUGGUGGGGGAAAGAUGUACAAGUGUCGUAAGUGGACACUUGAGUGCUUGAUGAAUCCUGGUUGUGGUAGAUGCCUCAUCUACCUAUAGUGGCAGAUGCCUACAGUACAGUAUUAUUUCUUAAGACCACGUAUAGUAAUGAUGUUUUAAUUAUGGCUUUAUUGUUCAGAACCAGCAACUAGAUUAUUUUUAUAUAAUCAAAUUAUUGAACUAUGUUGGGUUUUAUAUGUGUAAGUACAGUACUGGGUUGCAUGUGUAUGAAGCUUCAUUAUUAAACUUGGUAUCGCAAGUACGGCUACACAAAGUGUCAUGUGACAAGGAUUAUAGGAAAGACGGAAACCAUGAGCAUAGUUCUCAUACUGUAACUACACUUUAAUAAUUACACACACACAAACACAAACCAUCAGUGGUUUCAAAGUGUCAUGUGACAAAGAUUAUAGAGAAGACGGGACAUCACAAGUGUAGCUCUCACCCUGUAACUACUCAGGUAAUCUCAAAAAGAUAAUAUACAUUUAAAACUAAAAAUGAACACAACAACAACAAUUAAAUACGUCGAGCUUAACCAAAUAUAUUCUAGGCAUAAUAUUACAUAUCCAGUACUGUAUAUGUGUUUUAUGUUAGGUCUAGAUAAUUGACUUGCUUAAAAUGUGUGGUUAUUUACAGGAUGCCUUAAAAUUCUUCAGGAUAAUGUGGACUGUUAUAGAUAUGUAACAGUACAUAUUUUGCUUUAAUGCCCCACCACAUUCUCCAUUCACUAUAUGUAGUCAUUUUGGAGAAUAGGUUAUAGAAGUGUCAAUGAGCUGAUAGACACAAUUUGAUAAGAGUCAAGGACAGACUGAAAAGUCUUCACUUGGACUUUCAUAUGAGUGAGUUGGGUUAGUAAGUGUCAAUGAGCCAAAUGCUGCAACACCAGGCAACACAUGCAGAUGAGGAGUCACUGAAAUAUGUGGCUGAAAUAUGUUGACCAAACCACACACUAGAAAGUGAAGGGACGACAACGUUUCGGUCCGUCCUGGACCAUUCUCAAGUUAACCACAAUCGACUUGAGAAUGGUCCAGGACAGACCGAAACGUCGUCGUCCCUUCAGUUUCUAGUGUGUGGUUUGGUCAACCAGGAAACACGCUGUCAUUAUAUUUGUUCACUCAUUCGUGAAAGGAGAAAAGAGAUUUUUGAAAUGGGGUGUGUGGCGUGAUACGGUACUGUGGGUCCUACCUGUGCAGUUGGAAAGGUGCACACGCGUAACAUUAAAAACAAAACAAAAAUUAAUGAGCUUUUGCAGUGUGAGAAUUGAGUAGGAGAGGAAGAAAUACUCGGAUAAUGUAAUAUAACAAUUUACUCUAUAAUCAAGAUAAAUAACAUCUGAAUUACACACAAACCCCUUGACUUGAAACACUUUGCUAACACACAAAAGCAAGAAUAACACAUGAAAAACUUACGUUGACACAACGAAAAAUAACAGUUGUGACUUAGAAUAACAACACAAAACACUACAACUUGUACGCAAAGCAGCAAGGCAAGCGUCGCGACAGUACUGUAAUGUCGUAAUCCCCGAGCACCUAAAGAGAGACUGACGAGACGGCCAGGAUCAGGUGUACAGUACUUAUACCCCCUGAUAGUGACGUCACAUCCUUUGUCAACGGCUGACGGGAACUAGUCGCCGGCGGGAGAACUCAAUUUGUAGGUCUUAAUCACCUACUGGCUGGUGCAUCUGGCAUGGGCUGACGGGGGGGAGGGUUAUGGUAUGUACCCUGGGAGUAUUGUCUAGACUGUGUCUGGACUAGCGUGAGCAUGAUUUCCAUGGACAUAUUGAUGAUGAAGGUAAGCCCUGGUGAAGUGUAGUGGUGUCGUGAAUGGUUUAUCAACGACAAAGGUGAGAGUAAAGAGGCACUUUUCCCAGCUAUGUAGGGAAAUUGUGACAGGGUGUCUUGCAGAACUGGGUCAGAACUUGAAGGUGUUAGUUAAGAAACCUUUGUGUUGGUUAUUCUUAAAGAUACAUUCCAAGUAGUUAUUGCUUCCCAUGAAUUUUUACAUUCUGUUUUUAUUAGUCUAAACUGAUAAAAUACUGAUAUUAUGAGUCUGUCUUGAUAAGCACAGUAUGUGUUACCUUGAGAUGGUUCCAAGGACCAAUGUCUUAAUGGCCUGGUCUCUAGUCAGGCCUCCUAAUUUAUGACUCGAUCAGCCAGGCUGUUAAAUGCUGCUACUCGCAGUUUGAUGUAUGAAUUACAACCUGAUUGAUCAGGAAUCCUUUGGAAAUGUUUAUCAAGUUCUCUUUUGAAGACAUGUAAAGUACAGGAUAUUGUUUUCCAGCAAAUAUUUUCUUAAAAACUCGACAAUCACCUAUGGAUGAAUAUUUUCCAAAUAAGUAAGUGGUGAUUUGAAGCGAACAGCAUAAUAGUGGAUGUGCUUUUUUAAGAUCUGAGGGCGAUUCAUAGCUCUGUGUUUUAAUUUUUUACUUGCUCACCAUUACUAUAUAUGAGAGGUGCUUACCAUUUCAUAAUGCAUAUAUGAUACUUGCUUUAUUAUAUUUUUGUAUACUGUAUUAAAAGUGAUGUAUUAUAAUUUUUAUAUCUAGUUAUAUUUUACAAAGGAUAUUGUCUUUAAUGUACCAAUAACCAUCUACUUGGACUGGUCGGCAAAUUGAUGAUUUCUGUUCAUGCAGUCGGCGUUAAAUCUUCGAUGGUGCAAGUAGUUGGACACCGUUCCUUCAUUCCAUCUUCGUGUCCCAACUCCUUACCCUCAUAUAACUUCAAAGUGCUGUGUUGUAAUCAUACUGGCUUAGCACUUUCUCCUUAUAAUUAAUCACCUUACCUUAAAUGUACUGUGUUUAUUAAUAUUGUAGAUAUUCUUGAUAUUUGUUUUAAAUCAAAUACAGUACCUUUAUAUUACAUGUAUUAAGUACAGUACUGCAAAUACCUCUUUAUUACAUGUACUAAGUACAGUACAGUACAGUACUGUACAGUACUGUGAAAAGAAUUACUGUAAUGAAAGAAAUAUUUUCAUUUGUUUAAAUUUAGCUAUUUAAAGAUAGAUUUGUCUUUAUUAUUAAAUUAAAUUUUGGAAUAAAUGGAAACAGACUAGAAUAAAUAUUUUAUUUAUAUAAAUUGUUUAUAGUUGUACCUCCAAAAUCCAGAACAUGUCAUUCCAAACCUCAUCUGGAUUUUUCAGAAAUUUACAAAUUUAUUACUUGCCAAAUUUUCCUUAAUAGCAAGAUACUGUAUACAGUAACAGAGUACAUGUUUAUUCAUUUUCAAGUAAACAUAUGCUGUAUACAGUAUUUAAUAUAGAAAUAAAAGAUUUUUUGCCUAUGAAUAAUAAUGACGCACGAAAAACAAUUUAUUGUAGCGCUGGCUGGUCUUGAUAACACAAGAGGCUGCAAAAGCAUUACAACACAAUGUCAUGGUGACUUAAACUGCUGCAGUCACUCUGAACUGGCUUUAAACUCCUCAGUCCCCAUAGUUAAUGCCAUUCUUUCAACCACAGACUGCUCACCACCAGCAGUCAACUAUACGUUAAAGUGUUGCACAAGUCAUUGGUUAGCAGCAACAUCUAAAUCCUCAUGCUCAGACGGGUUCAAUGUUUUGGUUACUAAUCUUUCCACCAUUGCUUUCUAUUUUAUUUUCAAACUAUAUCUGUUUGCAUUUUUAUACUCUGCAAGCCUCUCCCUCGCCAGCUGCUAUUCAUCUUCUAACACCUCAUUAUUAAUAUUAUCCAUUGUAAGGAAGUUCCUUCACCAUUGCUUAUUGGUUUACUCCUCAUCUUAUGUCUUUCACCUCACAUUAUGACCUUGUAUUGCCUUACCACUCUUCACACAACUUGGUAAUGAUCUAGGACAGACCAAAAGCCAUCACUUCCUUACUUUUCAGAAAUGUGGAUCGAGUAGCUACUCGUACUGUUCUCGCCAUAGAAUUAUGGCUUCAACUCGUAGCAAUAUCAGAAAAAUAUUUUUUUCCCAUAUUAGAAAAAACCAAGUGUAAAGGCUUAAAUAACCAGAAACCAAAAUGCACUAACAAGUAAAACACACACAAUGAAAUCACAAUAAUAUACUGUAUAUCUAUGAGAAAGGUUCACAUCUGGGGUGACCCAGGAUGCUCAUUGAAUCCAAUCAUCCCGAAAAAAUUUCUCGAGUUAAAACACUUGUUCGAGACGCAUUUCUUCACUUGGUCUAGAUGCCUCGGAAAAAACUUGCAUAAACUCAUUGUUCAAUUUAUAAUACGGUACAAGCUUACUUUAAAUAUUAAAAUGUAAAUGCAUUAAUUAGAAUAAUACAGUAUUUACAAAUAAGAACCAAAAUAGGAAAAAAUACAAUAUGAUGAACUGAUGAUCUAGAUUAGUGUCCAAUCCUGGAUUUUUUUUUGUUUAGAAAUCUACAAUUUAGAGGGGAAUAUCCAUUGCACAGAUUUUGUCAGUAGUUUAGAGGGAUCCAUUACAGGAAUGUCUGGAUUUUGGAGGGUGCAUUGUACUCUACAUGAUUAAAAUAUUUAAUAAGUGUACUGUUUUCAUAAUUAUGGAAAUACAGGCAGUGUUUCAUUGAAUAAAAUUUUAUUCUUUGUUUAAUAUAUGACAAUAAAUAUUGAAGCCUUUGGAUUCAAGAAUACAUA